CCCCACCUCGUCUUUCCCCCCCUUAGGAGAAGUCGGGAAGGUGGCAGCGGCGGCGCUGGCGGUUGUCCCGCCCGGCCGGUUGGUGUGACCGGUCGGCGCGUGCUGCGCAGCUUCCGCGCCUUGUCCAGCCGGGCAGAGCCGAGCGGAGGCCGAGACCGGAGCCCGCGAGGGCAGAGGGCAGAGGCGGCGGCGGCCAGGGCGGCCCGUGGGAGGGAGCGCGGGGCCCCGGCAGCGCCGCCGGCUCCCGGCCCUGCCGGCCUCCUCGGUCGGAGCCGCGGCCAUGGCGGCCAGCGCGAAGCGGAAGCAGGAGGAGAAGCACCUGAAGAUGCUGCGGGACAUGACGGGGCUGCCGCACAACCGCAAGUGUUUCGACUGCGACCAGCGCGGCCCCACCUACGUGAACAUGACGGUCGGCUCGUUCGUGUGCACCUCCUGCUCCGGCAGCCUGAGAGGGUUAAAUCCACCUCACAGGGUGAAAUCUAUCUCCAUGACAACAUUUACACAACAGGAAAUUGAAUUCCUGCAAAAACAUGGAAAUGAAGUCUGCAAACAGAUUUGGCUAGGAUUAUUUGAUGAUAGAUCUUCAGCAAUUCCAGACUUCAGGGAUCCACAAAAAGUAAAAGAGUUUCUACAAGAGAAAUAUGAAAAGAAAAGAUGGUAUGUUCCGCCAGAGCAAGCCAAAGUGGUGGCAUCGGUUCAUGCAUCUAUUUCAGGGUCUUCUGCCAGCAGCACAAGCAGCACCCCGGAGGUCAAGCCCCUAAAAUCUCUAUUGGGAGAUUCUGCACCUGCAUUGCACUUAAAUAAGGGCACACCUAGUCAGUCCCCAGUUGUAGGUCGCUCUCAAGGGCAGCAACAGGAGAAGAAGCAAUUUGACCUUUUGAGUGAUCUUGGCUCAGACAUCUUUGCUGCUCCAGCUCCUCAGUCAACAGCUACAGCCAAUUUUGCUAACUUUGCACAUUUUAACAGUCAUGCAGCUCAGAAUUCUGCAAAUGCAGAUUUUGCAAACUUUGAUGCAUUUGGACAGUCUAGUGGUUCGAGUAAUUUUGGAGGUUUCCCCACAGCAAGUCACUCUCCUUUUCAGCCCCAAACCACAGGUGGAAGUGCUGGAUCAGUAAAUGCUAAUUUUGCUCAUUUUGAUAACUUCCCCAAAUCCUCCAGUGCUGAUUUUGGAACCUUCAGUACAUCCCAGAGUCAUCAGACAGCAUCAACUGUUAGUAAAGUUUCAACAAACAAAGCUGGUUUACAGACAGCAGACAAAUAUGCGGCACUUGCUAAUUUAGACAAUAUCUUCAGUGCUGGGCAAGGAGGUGAUCAAGGGAGUGGUUUUGGGACCACGGGUAAAGCUCCUGUUGGUUCUGUGGUUUCAGUUCCCAGUCAUUCAAGCGCAUCUUCAGACAAGUAUGCAGCCCUGGCAGAGUUAGACAGCGUGUUCAGUUCUGCAGCCACCUCCAGUAAUGCGUACACACCCAGCAGUAAUGCCAGCAGCAGUGUCUUUGGAACAGUGCCUGUGGGUGCCUCUGCUCAGACACAACCUGCUUCAAGUGGGCCUGCACCGUUUGGGGCUACGCCUUCUACGAAUCCAUUUGUUGCUGCUACUGGUCCUUCUGCGGCAUCGUCUACAAAUCCAUUUCAGACCAAUGCCAGAGGAGCAACAGCGGCAACCUUUGGUACUGCCUCUAUGAGUAUGCCAGCAGGGUUUGGCACUCCUGCCCAGUACAGUCUCCCCACCAGCUUUAGUGGCAGUUUCCAGCAGCCUGCCUUCCCAGCCCAAGCAGCUUUCCCUCAGCAGACAGCUUUUUCUCAACAGCCGAAUGGUGCAGGUUUCGCCACAUUUGGACAAACAAAACCAGUGGUAACACCUUUCUGUCAAGUAGCAGCUGCUGGAGUAUCUAGUAAUCCUUUUAUGACUGGUGCACCAACAGGACAAUUUCCAGCAGGAAGCUCAUCAACCAAUCCCUUCUUAUAGCCUUAUAUAGACACUGUACUGGAACGAACUUUUAUGUGAUCAUAUUACAUCUCUUCGCCUCUUGCACUGUUGUCUUGUUUCACUGAUCUUAGCUUUAAACAUGAGAGAAGUCUUUAAACUGCCUGCAUUGUGUAUUAAACACCAGGUAAUACGUGCAAAACAGAGGGCUCAGCAACAACCUUUCACUUGUGAAAUGGCAGGAAAAGGUAGCGGCAUCAUGUGAGUUAAAAAUUGGCUAAUGUUAAGUUAUUGCAGAUCCUACAUUCAUUAUGCUGCAGUACUGUACAUACUUUUCUUAGAAAUUAGCUAUUUGUGCAUAUCAGUAUUUGUAACUUUAACACAUUGUUAUGUGAGAAAUGUUACUGGGGAAAUAGAUCAGCCACUUUUUAAGGUGCUGUCAUAUAGUUUGGAAUGAAUGAUUAAAAUCAUUUGAAGCAUUGCUUCUGGAAAAUUCAAAUUGGAAGGUUUUAUUCAUUCUUGGAUUUUUCCUUCUAAAGAGCUCUUCUAUUCAUACAUGGCUAAGUUCUUUAAAGAUGUGGAGGACACCUGUCUGCGGAAUUAAGCUGAUCAUGUUUUGCUACAGUUUGCAGGUGAACAAAAUAAAUAUUAGAAAAUAUGCUAUUGUUUUUGUGUUCUUGCUGCAAUGCCUUUACCAAAGUGGCCUUAAAUAAUGAGUAGUGAGUUGAGAACAUCUUGAACUCAUAAAGACUUCUAGUGACUAACUUUUUUAAAAAGGCCAUGUAGAAAAUUUAUUAAAACUACUAGGACUGCUGUAUUCAGGAAUGUGACAGUGGAAAAGCAUUUAAAUGUAGCUUGUCAGAUUCACCAUGCUACUUCUAAUUUCUCUGCAACUUCUUAAUUUUGUGAAAUUUGUAAAUAUGGAGAAUUUGCAUGUAUGUGUAUUUACAAAUAUUUUUUAAAGAUCUUGAAUUCUCAGACUGCAAAAGGCCUACUUUAACUAUUUUUUCUCUCUGUUUUCAUUGUCUUUGAAUGUAUUGGAAGCAGACAUGCAUUGACUGUGACAUGAUUGCACCUGAGGUUUUUCCCCUCAUUUUCUGGACAGACUGAUACUAUCUAUCAAGCAUUUGUUUGUGUUUGUUUGGGGAUAAAGAAAAAGGAACCCAAUGUUACCUUUAAGUGAUACUUGUGUAAAAAGGUAGCAAUACUAAUUUUAGUUUAUCUUUUUGUUAAUAUUCAAAUGAACUGUUAAAAUAUUUAUAUGUAGUAAUGCCUCAUUCAUCCCAGGAUAAUCUGGCCCUUUCAUCAAAACCAAAUACAACUAAGAAUUGAAAUGAUUAAAAAAAAUCUUUGAACUAUACCCCUAAGUUAUGCAUUUUGUAUGUAGAGCAUAUGCGUUUCUCUGAAUGUGAGUGUUUAAUAGUUUGGUAAUUUGAUUUAUUGGUUCAUAGCAUAUUAGUGUUGAUGAAAGGAAGGGUCCCGAACAAGGGUCAAAGCAUGUAUGCCAAAGGCCCCAUGGGGACAGCCAGACCAGGCAAGAGGUUGUGACUCCACGCCGUCAAAAAAGCUGGAAUUGCAUACACAGCAUGCCAUGCCUAUUAGAAGAUGGUAACUUAAAAAAUGUUAAAGGAUUGGUUUUAAACAAUAUAAGCAUCACUUUUCUCACACAUUUUAUUUUUAUUGGAUGCAUUUUUGCAGUGAUGGCUAUCAUGCACUGAGACUCUAAAGUCUCAGUGUUUACUUGAAGCACUGUAGUCGUGUACCCUCCUUACCAUGAAGUUGUCCUUUCUAUGUACUUGACAAGUUAUGUGCCUGAGUCUUAGUCCUCUCUGAACAACCUGCCACUGAGAAUCUGGUUAGCGUUGCUGAAGCUCACCUGCAUUUUGGGCAUAGUCUUGAACUCUUUGUACAUUUGGGAAUCUCAUCUGUUUCCAUGGAGGGAAGACUUUAAACUUUUGUUUGAGAUUGUGUUAGAUUCAAAUCAAUUCAUAUGUACAAGUUAAAUUAUAUAAUUAUAGGCCAUCACUCAAAUAACCCAGCAGACUUUCUGUCUGUUAAGUAAAUUAAACAGUUGUUAUCAAAAUAACUUUAAAGACUAUUUUUUCUAGUAGAUCUUGAGAUGUAUAAUAAGAUGGGGGUCUGGGGAUUGUUUUGACUUUCAGUGAGUGCCUAUAAUAAAAAUACAAGUACUUAGGUUCAGAACAGUUCCAGGGUUAAAGUGGAUUUUCACAUGCUUUUUUGUCUUUUAAAAAUCCCCUUCUUUUAGGCUUAAGUUUUGGUUUCCUUCUAGUUUUCGGCACCAUGUUGAACAUUGAAAGGUUAGUGCUCGGAGUGGAGGCUGAGUGGCUGAGGGACACUGCGGGCUCAUUGCUCACACCACCUUCCAGCUCUGUCUGGUCAGAAAUGGAGUUCUGUGUUGAGAAAUUUAAAAACAUCUUGAUCUUGUUUUUAUGACUUAAGGAAUGUUUUAGACUUUUUUUUUUUUUUUAAAGAAAUAGAGGUUAGGUUGUCAUCUUCCAUAAAAUCAUUUUUUCUAUAAGUUUAAAUACCCAUUGUACUUGGUAACUCUUCUGUCAGUUGCAGAGUCGAGAAAGUGACUGGCUGCUUACAGCCAUUGCCAGCAUUUAUGAGACAUGCUGUUUUACAGUCAUAGUUUUUAUAACUGUCGAUGAUCCAUCCCACCAAGAGCUUCUGUUUACUAAACUUGACUCUUUCAUAGGUUAGUAUAUUAGAAAUAAGUACAGAAGGAUUUCUAAAACAUACCUUUUAAGUAUGACUGUAAUAGUCCUAUUACUUGAUAACAUAGAUAUUUGAUGUAAAAUAACUUUUCUAAAAUGACAACAAACACUGUUUAUGUCUUGCCCACGUUUUCGAUGUCAGGCUUAGUAGAAGCUGAAGACAGUCAUACUUUGGCAUUCAGACGCUUCAUGUAACAUAGCAGGGAGGCACUGGAGACUGCACUGUGCACCUGUGAAAUCCAGAUACUGAAAAAGGCACAAACUGACUUAGAAUUAGCAGAAAAGCAGCUAGAUCUGGUGCAGGUAUUCAGGAUCCCUAGAUAACAUUUUGAGAACACAGCACUUUAAGUUUGUGUGUUCCUGAUGAUCUGUUUACCUCUGAUGGGGAAAUCUUGCUUCUUCUGAACUUAAGGGAUUGUUUCUUUUGGUGAAAUUCCAGUUGAAAUCACUGUUAAAUAUUUUAAAGUACUAAUGGUGAUGGUGUGGGUGUGGUGUUUUUUACACCCUAAGUGGUUUUUAUCUACUACUAUGUAUUGGAAUCUACAAGGCAUAGAACAGGUAAGCUAGUAACAGUUUGUAUUCUUGGGAGAAAGUACUGUUGGAUUAAAUUGUGCUUUCAUAUUUAGGUGUUAGUAGACCUUGUCUCUUUACCAAGUUACUUCCUAUAUUCUCAGAAAUACUUAAAUCAUUUACCAUGAAUUCUUUUAUACCUUGAUCAGAUAAGUACUGUUUGCUCUGUAGAGUCUUGCUUUGUUUGCUUUUUUAAAAUGGCACGAUCUCUACAUAGCCCUGGCUGUCCUGGGACUCCAGCCUCAAACUCACAGAAAUCGUCUGCCUCUGCCAGCACACCCACCCAGCCCACUGAGAGUCUUGGUAACCUGUAGAGUAGUGGGGUGAGAUGGAACAGCUUGGCACCUCAGGUUGGCAGUGGCUCAUUGUAUGGGACAGCUUACCUUUAUUUAUGUAGUCUGUUCCCCCUACAGUUUCAAAAUGUGCUUUUUUAAAGGUAAUUAAAAGUUUGUAUAAAUUAGCUUAUUGUACUGAAUUUAUCAGUUAUUUGCACUUUGUGUAUUUUAAAGCAAUGUUAUUACUUUGCUUUUGUAUGGUUGAGUUUGAACAAAUGAAGAUAUGAGUGUAACCAGGACUGUGCUGCUGGGUGAGUCACAGCGUCUGUGAAGAAAAGAUGAGGGAACCUGCCUUGCAGCAGCAGGCUUGGUUUUACUGGUGGUCUGGGCUUGUGAGAUGCUGUUGAAAGCAGCCCGAGUGGAGCCCGUCCCUCGCCAGGUUCACCGCCCCUUUCAUGAUGAGAUCCAGGCUUUGAAAACCCUUCGUUUAUAUUUUUAGUGAUGCAUUCUAUAAGCAUCUAGAUACUAGUUUAUAUCUGAAAGUACACCAUAAUUUGGAAAUGUCCAAGUGCUGGGAAGGACUGGAGCAGACGAUGGUCUUUCCUGUUACAGGGCUGACAUCUGCUGUCUGCGGAUGUGCCAGUGUCCCAGAGGAGCAGAGCAUGGACUCGCAAAGGGCUCCUUGUCUCCACAUCUAUCUCACUGCCCUGCUUCCCUAGCCUUUCAAUGAGAAGAUCCUGGGCAGGGAUGACAGGUGGACAGGGCUUUCCUCUGGCACCUUUUCUUCCAUUUUAGGAUUUUGGAUUAGUCUUUCCAGUGAAGAAUUCUGCCAGGAAGGUAUAUCUAAUAUCCUAUCCAUUCUGCAUGUUUUAUGCCUAUAGUUAGAAUCGUUAGAAUCCAUUGUUUUGAAAUCUGUACUUGUCCAGUACCUAGAUCUGUGGAGGCUAAGGAAAACAGAAUGUUUUGAUACAGAAUUUUAUCAAAAGAAAAAAAUCCUAGAUAGAACAUUUUAAUUACUAAUAGACAUGCCCAUUGGAUUAAUUUUUUAAAUUGGUUUGUUCUCUAGAGUCUUGACCACUUGUUGUCUGAGUCACAAUCUUAGUAGCCUUGUGGUUAUAACACUUGAGGCAACAAAGGUUGUAAGCUAAUGUUCCAUAGUGUUCCUAGAAUGUGUGAAUAGAACCAGAGUUUUAGAGACUUAGACGUCUUUAUCUGUUGUAAAUGACAUGCUUAGGGUUUUUACCGUUGGGCAGUGUACACAGGGUAUAAGGUAAACACAGACUGUCUCCCUCUGCAACUUGAUUUUCUCACUUGAGGGGACUACUUACUGUUCCUUGCAUUUGUAGUUUUCAGGAAUGCUGUCUGUUUUGUCUGUCUACAUAUCUGUGUAUGCCUUUCAUGGUUCUGCCUUUUUAAAAUGCAGACUUAGCAACCUUCUCCUUGGUUUUAACUUGGGCGCCUUUCUAUUUUGCCACACGCAGCACUAUCCUGUUGUAUGAAUGGCAUCAGGAUCCAGGAGUGGAUGUCCUUUGUAGGAACAUUUUUGUAUAUAUAUGCAUACACAUACGCACACAUAUUCAUAUACAUAUGUAUACACAUAUAUACAUAUAUGUGUAUGGUUAUGAAAAUUCUUCAUUUUGCCUGAUAGGGAACUUUCAGCAAAACAGAUAAUUCUAUUUUGAGGCUCACCAGCUAUUUAUAUAUGGUAUUUUAUUUCCACCUGAAAAAAUUUCAGGUCUUUCAAAUAAUUGUAAAGUGUCAGCAUUUAAAUUAGAUUGUGAGGGCAUUCAGUGCUUUCACUGAGAGACUAUGGAAUCUCAUGUCUUAUUUUAUACCUUACUCGUUCUGUCACCCCUACCUGCGACCCCUCAAGUUUCUAAAAGAAUGGCUUGAAGACUUUUACAGUUUGUCAGUAUUAUGCAUCUCCUCAUUCACAUUAGCUUGGAAUGAACCUUAUAUUUAUGAAAGAAAGUGCAAGUCUAUUUUUUCACGAGAGUCUUCAGAAUUAGCUUUUGCUUUGGAAAAUGUUUGGGGAACAACUCGUAAAUUUUUGACUUUGACUUAACAAAAAUAAUAUGCAUUUAGUAUUAGUUAUGCAUAGAACUUGCUUCCUAGAAAAGUUUGUUUUUCAUGAGGAACACUUACCUAGUGACUGACUUGAAAGCACCUGUGUGUGGAGGGGAGGCGUGAGGGAGGUUCCCAGGGCAGUCAGUGGUCAGGCUGGCUUCUGCAGGCUGGGUUUGAAAAACGUAACAUGCUAAGGUCUUUGAGGCUCAGUCUUAGUUCAGGAAGUAGUUUUAGGUCUAGAUACUGAUUUUGAUAAUUGUUUCUUUUCUCUCUUGGAGAUGCUGAGGAUUGAACCCUCAGUGUUGCACAUACUAGGCAAUGCUCUAUAACUAAGUCCAGCUGAUUUCUUGUUCAUUGUAAACUAUUGUUGAAAUAAUUUUUUAAAAUAAAGACAUGAAUUUGUGUACCAUU